AUGGACAGCGACGCUGCGCGCGGGCGUCGCGAGCGCUAUCAACGCGGUACCGCUGCCUGCUGGAUGGGGCUGGGGCGGUGCCUCCGCGGACCAGGCUCCCUCCGGCGACGACAGAGCGGGGGAAAUGCUCACGCCGGUGCCUGGACGGCGGGUGUCGAGAAUGCGCCCCGCCGGUGCUGGUGGGGAUGGGGCGGGGUACGAUGCGUGGCUGAAGGGCGAGGACGAGCGGACGUUUGCUGCCGCUGCGUCUGCGACCGCCGCUGCGACUGCGGCGUUGACCGCCAACGUGUCCAAGGCGAACUCCGAUGCGACGCUUCGCCCCGUCAGGCGUCCGUUUCGCCCGCUGAGAUCCGAGCUGUCUGUGGUGUCUUUUGGGGAUUCGCUUCUCGGGAGCGCGGUGGAGGUGGGGGAGGCGGGCGCGGAGACGCGUACGGUGGGGGAGGCGAGCGCUGCGAGUGUGAGUAUUUAUUCGCAGGAGAGCGCUGCGAGGUCUGUCGAUAAGGCGCUGCCUGUGCAGAUUCCGGAGGUACUUGAGGAAACGAGGUGAGGCGCUCUACCCAACAGCUCUGUGCUUAGCCUUGGAUGAGCGCUGAUGGAUUCAACCGUAGACUCGAGACUGAGCAGGAACGCCACGCAUAUGCGCAGACGGCAACCACUGCACCCCUCAAUCUUCAGCCCCGCCUCACGCGCCGCAGCACGUCAGGCAAGCGCGCCGUCACAGCGCGUCGUCGGGCGGCGAAGGAGAGCUACACGCGGCGUCGUCAGGGUGCUCCCAGCACUAUCCCAUCCGACGGCGGAGGAUUGGCAGGAGGGGACAGACCGGCGCUCGUGAGGCGCAAGAGCUCGUCUGCGAGCUCGGUGAUGACGUCUGCGAAUUUCGGCUUUGGGGGUGCUGGGCAGGGAGGAGUCGGUGGUAGUAGACGGGGAGGGAGGAGAGAGAGUUUGAGCGAGAAGGAGGAGAGUGCGAGGAGGGCGUUGGUUGAGAGGAGACGGAAGAUGAGGGCGUUGGAUGAUGUUGGGAGGGGAAAGUAGACUAGAAUGUAUGAUUAUGUUCUGCAUUAAAUGUGAGCUGGAACUAUGGUGCUCCAGCGAGUUAACUCUGGGUAUUUCACUGGCUUAAGUAUCAGCUGAACGAUGACAAACGGAGCGAGUGGAUGAAUGUUUCAGUUGGGAGUAGGAGAUGAGUUACGCGACGCGUCUCCCCUUUUGCUCGCUCCCCCACCUUCCUCUCCUCAGCCCCAGUCGAAUGUCCGCAACCUUUCUGCCCGCCCUCUCCCAAUCAGACGUCGAUCGCGCUGCACAACUCAUCCAAGAGGCCUACUCGCCCCGCGCGACCCUCGGCCCCGCCGAGCAGCGCCGUCUGCAACAGGAGCUAUUCGAGAUCCAGCGCCGCCCCGAGGCAUGGGGGCUCGUCGUCCCCUUCCUCGCCCACCACGACGAGAACGUCCAGUUCUUCGGCGCACACACUGCACAGGUCAAGAUCGCCCGCGAUUGGGAUUCGGUGCCCCAGGAUGCGGUGAUGCAGCUGCGCGAUCUGCUUCUCCAGCUCACGACGCACGCGAUCGUCUCGGGCCGCAACAAGGUCAUCCUCCGCAAGCUCUUUGUCGCUAUAACAUCGCUAGCGCUCAAGAUCGUGCCGAGUCAGAAUUCGCAGUGGCAAUGGGACGGCUGGAUACUCUCCGCCGCGUCGCUCAUGUCCUCGGGUGGUGUCCCCACCGAGCAUUUACUUGAUUUCCUCGCGAUCGUCGCGCAGGAGCUGGAGACUGUUGAGUUGCUCGGUACUACAAAGAUGAAGAUGCAGCAGUCCCUCCUCGACGCGGCGCCGAUGGUCGUACAGGCCAUCGUGUCGUCCAUCAACCAAGCGACGAGCGCGAUGAACGGUCACGGGCAGCGUAACACGCGCGAGCUCGAUGCGGCGCUCAGAUGCCUGCAGUCAUGGGUGUACAUUCUACGCGGCGACGACCUCAUCCCGCUCAUCCCGCUCCUCAUCGGCCUCCUCACGCCCCCGGCCAGCGGCGGAGGCGAGAUGGACGAAGCCGCGUUCGUGCCUGCGUCCGACGCUCUGCAAGAGAUCAUGUCCAAGUCGGCGCUCGCGGGCGGCUCCGGCACGGGCUCGCUCACGGAGCCGCUGCUGCUGUGGUGCGCCGCGUACGGCGCGCGGAUCGUUCAGGGUGCCUCGGAAUACGUCGACGCGGUCUCGCACUCCUUCUGCAAGCUCCUCGUCGCGCUGGGCGACCACUCGACGACGUACUUCGCGUCGCACAUCGUCUCGCUGCAGCCCGUCGCGCCCUCCGCGUCUCCGCAGCUGCACCACCUCCAGCCGCAGACGCGCGCACACCUCAUCCAGACGUUUCUCCGCCUGCUGAUGUCCUACACGGGUCUGGCGGGGUACUACGGCGCGGACGAGGACGCGUCCGAGAUGACGCUCGGCUUCUGGUAUCUCUUCCAGGAGGCGCUGUGGAGCGUGGAGUUUGACGACGAGAACGACGAGAAUGAUUUAUUGGGCGAUUCGCAUGGCGAUUUUCUGCACGGCGAUGUGCCGCCUGGUGGGGUGAUGCAUGCGCGGUCGAGGAGCAGGGGCGGGCAAGGGGCGGGAGGGGUGAAUGGGGAGGAGGAGGAUAUGUGGAGUGUGGUUAGGGCGGUGUAUGAUGAGCUUGUGAAGGUGUUGAGGCGGAAGGUGGUGUGGCCGAGGGGAGGGGGCGGGUGGGCGAAAGACCAGGUGGACAAGUUUCAAGUGUAUCGGAGGGACGUGGGCGAUACGUUGAUCAACGCGUACUACAUACUCCGGGACGACAUGCUCGCGUACUAUCUCAAGGACCUACAACAGCGCCUCGCGCAGCGGGCGGAGCAGGACGGCUGGGAGGAGAUAGAAGCGACGUUGCACUGCGUCAUGUCGGUUCAGGAGGCCGUUCCGCUGGAGGACAACGUCCGGCUCGUGCGCCUGUUCGGCGAGGACAUGCUCGGCCGGCUGCCGACGGCGGGGCAGGACAGGGUGCGGAGGACGACGUUGGGGCUGAUCGGGACAUACGCAUCGUGGUUCACCACGCAGCCAUCCGCAUCGCCGUCCCCCGCAUCGCUCCAACCAGGCCAGCAACAACAGCAACAACAACAGCCCUCGCUGCUCAUGCGCGCCGUCGCAUACGUCGCGUCCGCGCUGACCGAGCCCGCAUUGUGCCUGUACGCCGCCAACGCGCUGCGCGACCUGUGCGACGCGAACCGGAGCGCGCUUGCGCCGCACAUUGGUGCGUUCGCGGAGCUGCACGCGAGCCUGGUUAGUAUCCCGGAUAUGGAGCGCGCGAAGGUGCUGCAGAGCAUCGCGAGCGUGAUCCAGGCGCUGCCGCCCGAGGACGCGAUUCCGCCCGUGCAGGCUGUGGCGAGUCCGAUUGUGGAGAAGCUGGUGCGGGCGUUGCAGGGGAGCUCGCAGUUGCCAGAGGAAGCGCGUGCACUGGCGAUUGUGCAGCUGCAGACGCUCGCGGGCGUCGCGAAGGGCCUGACGCGCACGACGGACGCGCUGCUUAUUCUGGAUGAGCCGUCGUCGGAAGAGGCCGCGGCGGUGGAGAGGCUGGAGCGGGCGAGGACGGACCCGCGGAUGGUCGGGAUGCGCGAGGCGGUGUAUGCCGCUGUGCGAGAUACGCUGGGGCUGUGGAGCGCGGAUGCGAGUGUCGGCGAUGCGACAUCCGACUUGUUUCGCUCGCUGACUGCGCUCCCCGCCGACGUCACGCUGCUCUCGCUCCCGCCCGGACCGCUGCUCGAGCUCGUGUGCGCGGCGUGCGAGCGGCAGAUCACGGGGACGUGGAUCGCGCUGGCGAGUAUGCUGCUGAACCAGCUGGAUGCGCCGUCGCCGUUCCCGUAUGCGUCGUCGGGGACGAGCACGCCGUCGGGCGGAGGGGUAGGGGGUGGGGGGAACCCGCUGAAGAGCGGGCCGAGUGCGGAGGCGUUGGCGUUGGUGGGGCAGGUUGUGCCGGUGUUGUUGAGGACGGCGUUGGGGGUGUUGGGGCAGCCUGGGGGUAUGGAUUCGAAUCCGGAUAUUGUGCAGGCGUUCUUUGGGUGCAUGGAUGUUGUCGCGACGCGCUUUGUUGUGGCGUUUUAUAGGCUCCCGCCUGGUGCGCUUGAUGCGCUGAUUGGGUGUGCGCUGGGCGGGCUGGCGAUGCAGGAGCGGUAUUCGGUUGCUGCGACGUGCACUUUCCUCGGCGCACUUAUCAAGCGAACAGGGAGCAGCGACGCGCUGAGCGAGGAGAACGCGGCGCUGAUCGGGACGCACGGUCGGCGGAUCAUGCGCGCGCUGCUCGAGGGCUUUGCGGGCGUAGCACCGCGCAGUGCGACGGCGAACCUGAUCGAGGUGUUGAGUGCGAUUGUCACGAAGCAUCCGGCGGAGGCGAGGGUAUGGAUGGAGGAGAUUUUGUUUGCUGAUGACUUUGUGGACUCGAAGGCGAGUCCGGAGGCGAAGCGCGCGUUUGUCAAGGCUGUCGUUGGAUCGCGAAGUCCGAAGCGGACGAAGGAGGCUGCACAGCAGUUUGCGCUGGUGGCGAGGGGAUUGGAGGGGACGAGCUUCGGGUAUGCGUCGGCCGCUGGGCGCUGAUUGUCCACAGGACGCUAGGCUAGAUUCAGGUGGACGUUGUGUGUGACGUGGGAUGGACUUGGAGGAGCAGCACACGGCCGUUGGUCAUCGAUUCACCGUCGGCCAGCGUUUCAUCCGUGCACGCCGGACCGCGGCACUCGCUGUCCGGUUCUGGGGUCCGAGUUCCGGGGUGUGCCUGUCGUGCCACGGUGAUCGUGUGCUAUUUACACUUUGUUUCAAAACGGUGGAGGAAGAAGAAGAGAAGAGAAGAAGGACAGGAUAGACUAGAUCUAGAGAAGGCUCGCUAAUACUACUUACUGGAGCCAAACUUGUCUUGGAUUAUGCUGCGGCGUUGUCCUCUACGUUAGCCAUGACGUCGAUUCCUUGUGUCAGUAGCAUUCACAUCAGUAUCACAGCUUCG